AUGUUAUUUCUGACAGUAAUACUUACAAAAGCAUGUGAUAUUGAAGUUCGAUUAAAAUCUGAAACUGAAAAACCAUUUCAAUUCCAUCUUUCGGUAGAAUCGGCAAGAUAUUGGAGUGAUCGAGUUAUCGUAACAGGAAAGUCGGUUACGCAACCGGAUGGUUCACUCAGUAAUUAUCAUGUUUUCCAUGUGAAAGGUUCAAAAUGUGACGACAAAAAUUGGCAUUUAUUUGUAUGGGGAUUGAAGAAGGGAACCACUUUAUCGUCGCCGAUAUGGAAAAUUACCGAUCAUCAGAAAUUUAAAAUGGAAAGCCUAUGGUUCGGAUUGUUUCAGUGGCAACCACAUAUAUAUGUCACUGUAAAAAAUAAUUUAAAAAUGUAUAUUGGACCACGAUUUGGUGUUGCAUGGUGUGAAAAUUGUUAA